UGGCCCAUAUGAAUCCAUGUGCCUCAAUUCAACCUGUGAAACCUUCUCCAACCUCUGUCACUUCGUCAGUUUCUUCAGCAUCAACUGAACUGAGUUCCCUUCGUGCGGAGCAGCGAUAAAUUGAAAAUGGCGUUGAUGCUAAGAAGCAGCCGAAUAAAAUCCAAUUAUAUAUAUAGCCUUCGAAGAUUUUCCCACGCCAUAGCCCAACCAGCGCCGCUUGAUAGAGCAGUUAAUUACCCGACAGCCUCAUCACCAUCGUUAGUUUUACCUGAAUACGACAACAAUAACAACAAAAAUAUAGGAUUUAUGCUCCCAAAUUCACCUUUAUUUGGUGGGUCCAUGGAUCUUAUGGCUGUUCCUAAGAAAAAGGUUUCCCCUCACAAGAGAGGCAUAAGAAAUGGACCAAAGGCUCUAAAACCAGUACCAGUGAUUAUGCGUUGCAAGGUCUGCGGACGAGUCAAAUUACCACAUUUCUUUUGCUGCAGUGGAAUUAAGCCUGGUGAUGAGAAUAGUUCCAACAGUUGAUCAACUUGAAGUGGAGCGUCCAACAUAAUUUCUUCAAUUUCAACUUUGUCGUUCUGGUAGAGUCCCUUUUGUUUGACAGAGAGAAGGCUGCACAAUAGCAUAGGCCGCUUGCUGAAGAACCUGUUUUGCAUGUCUAAGUAGAACUGUGUUAGCUGUAUUUCUUCCAAGUCUUCCCUUUGAUUGAUGACAAUUAGUUCUUGAAAAUCACAAAGCAUAAGAAUUCGGAGAGUAGAGCACGUAGUAGUGCAAGUUAUCCCACAUUCAUUUCUCUGGAACGAAGUAAAUUCAAGAGUUUUAUAGCACAAAAAUUCUUGAUGCCCCCUGAGUGAAGAAACAAGAACUUAUAUCAAGAUCGUGUAUUCUCUGUGACUGUGUCAGAACUGCUCAUGUACUUCCUGAAGUUGCACCUUAUGCUAGCCGAGUAUGAGAGGUUUUUAUUUGUAACAUGCUCCUUAUUUAGUUUCUCCAUUUACAGGUUAAGUUGUACCAAAGAGCAGAGUUCUUUUGUUGAAGAUAUGUUCUUCCCUCUAUGGUAUUCGUAGCUGUUAUGUGUUAGAAACGAUUAGGCUAGUAGAAGCUGCUAAACUGUGUUUAUGCGAGUGAAGGGUUGGAUUUCUUUCCCAUGCAAGACAUCUCAAAAAUCAUUUUUUUGAAA